AUGGACGCGCUGAGGCGCGAAUCUCUGAGCCUCGAGCGCGACCACGAGACGCUGCUCGAGGUGCUCGGAGAGAAGACGGAGCUCGCGGAGGUGCUCGAGGCGACCGCGGCGAAAUGGAAGAGGCGAGCGACGCGUCAUCGCGACGCGCGCGAUCGGAACUCGCACGCGGCGUUCGUCCGCGCGUGCGACGCGAGGCGCAGAGGCGAGCCGCACGAGAGCGUGGACGCGCGCGCGCCGACGGAGGACUGA